UGUUAUAGCAGACUGUUUGAUGAGAUGAUAAGCCCAUAAACAACUGUUAUUUUAACAUCUUUAAUUAACGUUAUUGCUUUAUCUUUGAAGAGUUGAGUUCAAUUUCUUCAUGGAGUUUGCAUCUUCUUCAUCAUCUUCAUCCUUCUUAACAUUAGAACCCCAUUUCAUAUACGAUGUGUUCAUCAACUUUUGGGGAGAAGACAUCGGUAGAAGGUUCAUUUCUCAUCUCCAUUAUGCCCUUUUACAAGCUCAAGUCAAAACUUUGAUUAAAGAGGAGAAUCUGCCGGAGGGACCGAAGCGGGAAGAGCACAUGCGAGCAAUAGGAGGCACUAAGGCUACAAUAAUUGUUUUCACCAAAUCAUACGCUGAAUCUACCUGCUGUCUUCGUGAACUUGAAAAAAUCAUUGAAUGCCACGAAACUUUUGGCCAAAUACUUAUGCCUGUGUUUUACGAGAUUGACAAGUUGGAUGUACGCCAUCAGAAGUAUGAUUUUGGACAAGCGUUGGAAGAAGCUGCACACAAAAGCUAUUCAGGAGAACAAGUGGAACAUGCGUUGUCCAGGUGGAGUCGUGCACUCACCAAAGCUGCAAGUAUCACUUGUUGGGAUCUCAGAAAUUUCAGGCAUGAUGCUGAACUUGUAGAGGGAAUUGUUAGCCGCGUUAAGAUGAUACUGGACUAUAAAGACUUGUUUAUUACCCAAUAUCCUGUUGGAUUAGAGUCACACGUGGAAAAGGUGAUUGCAUGUAUUGAAAAUCAUUCCACCAAAGUGUGUAUGAUAGGGAUAUGGGGAAUGGGAGGAUCAGGUAAAACAACCAUAGCCAAAGCCAUCUACAAUCGAAUUUAUCGUGAAUUCAUUGGAAAGAGUUUUAUUGAGAAUAUUAGUGAUGUUUGGGAUCCAAAAAACGAAAGGUAUGUUGAUUUGCAAGAAAAUCUUCUUUCUGAUAUCCUAAAAUCUAAGUUGGAGGUGGAAAGCGUUGGGAUGGGAAGAACUAUGAUCGAGAAUGGACUUACUCGAAAAAAGUUAUUCAUUGUGCUUGAUGAUGUGAGUGAGUUUGGCCAGUUAGAAAACCUAUGCGGGAAUCGUGAAUGGUUCGGUCAAGGAACUGUGAUAAUCAUUACAACUAGAGAUGUUAACUUGCUGAACCAAAUAAAAGUUAAUUAUGUGUAUAAAAUGGAUGUUAUGAACGAAAAUGAUUCCCUUGAGCUUUUAAGUUGGCAUGCCUUUAGAGAAGCAAAACCAAGAAAAGAAUUGCAUGAACAUGGAAGAAACGUAACUCCUUAUUGUGGAGGACUACCACUAGCUCUUGAGGUCCUUGGUUCCUUUUUAUGUGAGAAGACAAUGGAGGAGUGGGAAAGUGUAUCGUCGAAAUUAAAAAUAAUUCCCAUUGAUCAAAUUGAAGAGAAAUUAAAAAUAAGUUUUGACGGUUUACAUGAUACGGAAAAAGAUAUAUUUAUUGAUGUUUGUUGCUUUUUUAUUGGUAAAGAAAGAGGCCAUGUCACACGGAUAUUAAAUGACUGUGGACUACAUGGUGAUAUCGGAAUAACAGUUCUCAUAGAACGUGGCCUCAUAAAAGUGGACAGACAUAACAAACUUCAAGUGCAUCCUUUGUUAAAACACAUGGGAAGAGAAAUUAUUCGUCAAAGAUGCCAAAAGGAACCGGAUAAAUGGAGUCGAUUAUGGUUUCAAGAUGACGUAAAAGACGUACCGAAAGAUAAUACGGCGACGGAAGCUAUCCAGGGAUUGAACCGGAAAGUGUAUUACUUGGAGCCUAUGGUUUUAAGUAAAGGAGGUGAUUAAGAUUCUGACAACUGGAUCAUAUAUAUACAACUUGUUGGAGAUCAUGGGUACCUUUCCACUAGUCUAAACUAUCUCCCAAGAGAGUUUCUGACUCCUAUAAUCAUCUGUUCAACGAUCAAAGACCGCUAGGGGGAUCCCUGCGGCACGCCCUACGUUUCUGUCCGAUCAAUUUCUCAAACAGAGGAGAAUUGGGGACUCUGUCGGGUUGUGAGGUGUAUUUGGACUCUCUGUGAACUAUCUGUAUAGUAUCUCAAAAUUGUGUAGAUUUGCUUACUCGUUGGGCAAGCAUCCUCGCUGGGCCAAUAAGUUGAUCUGCAUAAUUAUGCAGAACACUGAUCUGCAGAAUUAUGCAGAUUCGCAGACUCGCUGGGCGAAUUUUCAAGUUAGGAAAUUCUAGUCUUGGACCAGUGGCUGGGCGAGUGCUACUAGUUGGGCGAGCAUAGGCCAGUGGCUGGGCGAGUGGUACUAGCUGGGCGAAUUUCCAGGGGGAAAUUCCAUACCUGUACCAGUGGCUGGGCUAGUGCUACUAGCUGGGCGAGCAUCAGCCAGUGGCUGGGCGAGUGAUACUAGCUGGGCGAUGUGAGCAGUUGAAGAGCUUGCAGCUAGCCCCGUGCAGGGAAGAGGAAGAAAUGCAGCACAAUAGAGUUCUAUAGAAAUUCUAGUGUUUUUAGUUUAGACUUGUGUUUUCUCUUUUGAAAACUCUAGUGCAAGUUGUGUAUAUAAAUUGUAUAGCAGUUUAUCUAGUUUUUGUGGGAUGACUGUAACAUACUAUUUAUAUUUUAGGUUCUAUGCUUUGAACUAUCAGAUAUGCAAUGUUUUGUUUGAUGGUUUAGACUGUUAAAUGGGAUGUUACAUUUUUGGUA